AUGAAAGGGGAGCUGGACGAGGAGGAAGGGAAGCCGUCGGAAGAACAACCGCUACGAGGACGGCGACGACGGCAACUGUAUACCGCCGAGGAGGAGAAGGCUGUCGUGCGCAAGUUUGACCGGAAGUUGGUGGUGUUUGUCGCUCUGCUGUAUCUGCUGAGCUUUCUGGACCGGUCGAACAUUGGUAACGCCCGUGUUGCCGGGAUGGACGAGGAUCUACAGUCGGUGCCACCCCGCGAGGGCUGGUACGAGUGGGCACUUGGCGCCUUUUACAUCGCCUACAUCGUCUUCGAGUGGAUGGCGCUUCUUUGGCGGGUCAUACCGGCGCACAUCUACGUGGCCGCGCUGGUCAUGUCGUGGGGCGUGACGGCCUCGCUGCAAGCCGUGGCUGUCAAUUACCCCAUGCUCAUCUGCUUGCGGGUUCUCCUAGGCAUUGGAGAGGCGGGCUUUACGGGCGUGCCAUUCUACCUGUCCUUCUUUUUCAAGCGGCACGAACUGGCGUUUAGGACCGCCAUUUUCGUAUCAGCCGCUCCUCUAGCGACGUCCUUCGCUGCCUCCCUAGCUUGGGUGAUCGUCAAGCUCGCCGAGUACAGCCCCAUCGCCCCGUGGCGCCUGCUCUUCCUUAUUGAAGGCUUCCCUUCUGUCCUCGUUGCGGGCAUCGCGUGGCGCAUCAUCCCCGACUCGCCGCAAACAGCCCCCUACCUCACGCGGCGCGAAAAGAAGGUCGCCCGCCUACGCCUCCAACCCUCCAGCAGCAGCAGCAGCACCACCACCACCUCCUCCACCCCCCUCCGUGACACCCUCGCCGUGCUGACCGACCCGGCCGCGUGGCUCACAGCGCUCAUCUUCCUGCUCACCAACAUGGCCUACUCCUCCCUGCCCGUCUUCCUCCCCACCAUCCUCACCGCCAUGGGCCACACGCCCCUCCAAGCCCAGGCCCUCUCCGCGCCCCCUUACCUAGCCGCCUUCGCCAUCGUGCUCGCCACGGCCUGGGCCUCGGACGCGAUGCGCGCGCGGUCCCCGCUCCUCAUCACGCACGCGCUCGCGUCCGCGGCCGGGUACGCCGUGCUCGCGCUGGCCGACAGCCCGCUGCUGCGGCUCGACCCGGGCAGCACCAUGCGCUACCUGGCCGUGUACCCGGCGGCGGUGGGGUUUUUUAACGUGGUGGUGCUGACCAUCGCGUGGAGCAUCAACAACCAGCGCGGCACGGCGCGCCAGGGGGCUGGGUUCGCUUUGCUGCAGGCUGUUGGGCAGUGCGGCCCGCUUGUUGGGACGCGUCUGUACCCGGACGCGGACGCCCCCUACUACACGCGCGGCAUGACUGUUUGUGCGGUGGCUAUGUGUGGGGUGGCGCUGCUGGCGGUCGGGUUGCGGGCUUGGUUGGGGAGGGUGAAUCGGCGGUGGGAUCGGGAGGAGGGGGUUGGUAGUGGUGAGGAGGGUGUUGGGGGGGAAGGGGAGGCGCUGGUUGGGGGUGGAGAGGCGGGUUCUUCGGGGAGGGAGAAGGGGUUUCGGUAUAUGUUGUGA